AUGGUGCAUAAGGUUGCCACCGCUUAUCAUCCACAAACCAACAGACAAGCGGAAGUGUCCAACCGGGAGAUUAAAAGAAUCUUGGAGAAAGUACUCAAUCCGCAAAGGAAGGAUUGGAGCGUUCAGUUAGGAGAUGCACUAUGGGUGUAUAGAACGGCCUACAAGACUCCAUUAGGGAUGAGUCCCUUCCGGAUCGUCUAUGGAAAGGCAUGCCACCUUCUAGUGGAAAUUGAGCACAGAGCCUAUUGGGCGGUAAAGCAAUGCAACAUGGAUUUGACCCAAGCAGGAGUAGCCAGAAAAUUACAGGUAGAGGAGCUCGAAUGUUUGAGAAACGAAGCAUAUGAGAAUGCCCGGAUCUACAAAGAAAAGACUAAAGCAUUCCAUGACCAUCACAUGCAGAAAAAGGACUUUCAAGAAGGUGAUGAGGUGUUCUUAUACAAUUCGAGGCUUCGUUUCAUGCCUGGCAAGCUCCGAUCUAGAUGGGAAGGACCUUUCAAGGUAAAAGAGAUAAAGCCCUAUGGAGUGGUGGAAUUGUUUGAUCCUAAAAGUGAAGCAACCUUCAAGGUGAAUAGACAUAGAGUGAAGAAGUACCAUGGCUACAAGCUCCCAAAGGAGCUAGAGGUGUUCCUAUUGGAGGAUGCACCUAAAUAA